UCCUGCACAUGUGGCAAGCUCACCCCUCACCCUGAAAUGGAGUACGUGGCACGCUUUGUACUUAACUUCUGAGUUCUGAGCAGAAUACAUAAAGUCGCCCAAUUUAGUUCACCCUUUUUGUACGACGUCGUUUAAUUUCAUCCAAAGUUAUAAGAAUCCGGUUUCAACUUUCAAGAAUAAUGAUGAAACUCACCGACCAGACACGUAAAGCAUCGAAGUUUGUGCCACAAGAUUUUAUUAGCAACAUGCCAGAUACCGUGGUAACAAAUAUCCUGGAUCGAUUGCCAUUACAACAUGCAGUGAGGACUAGUAUCUUGUCGAGAAACUGGAGGUUUAAGUGGACUACGCUUACCCAACUCGUGUUUGAUGAGAAGUUCUUUGAGUAUUUAACAAAAACAAAAGGUAAAAAUAACUGUGGGGAAAUCAUAAGUAGGCUUCUUCUUCAAAUUAAAGGCGUGGUAGAAAAGUUUGUCCUCUCUAUAGGCAAGGUUAAAGGUACUAAUGAUGUUGAAAAUAUUAAUCACUGGAUUUUAUUCCUGUCGACAAAAAGUAUCAAGGAUCUCACCCUUAGAACAGUGAAUGGAAUACCAGUGAAGUUGCCCACCCAUCUUUUCUCUUGUUUAGAGUUGAAACAUUUGGAACUAACUAAUUGUUGUUUCAAUCCUCCACAUAGUAUUCCUGGUUUUCCAAACUUAUUGAGCUUAAAGUUGCGUGCGGUAAAAUUUGAAAGCGGUAUACUUGGGGAGAUUCUUACUCGAUGCCCCUCACUUGAGAUUUUGGACAUGCGUCAUCUCUUAUAUCCACACAAAGUCAAACUAGUUGAUUUUGUAAAAUCUGAGAAUCUGAAAAUAUUAUCUUUGUGUCUGUAUAAUAUUGACGCUGUGGCGAUAAGAUCUAGUACCAUCUUUGAGCUAGUGGGUUUUCUUCCAAAACUACAAGAGCUUGAUUUGGUUUUUCUAGAGAACUACAAGUCGACUGAAAGUGGUGCUACAAUGAGGUUCCCUGCCGCUUGUCUCAAGGCUCUUAAAUUAUCAAAUAUAAAUUUAGGCAAUGUUAUGCUGCUAUCAUGUGUUUUUGAAAUGAUUAGACACCUUCCGAAUUUGCGGACCCUUGAAAUCACUGCAGUUAAACGUGAUGCUCACCUUAUUCCAAAUCCAAUUCCAGAGGUAGAGUACAAAACCACUGGGCUUCGGAGUGUGGUGUUUAGAUAUUUUGCAGGUUCAGAGAAUGAAGUAUAUUUGAUAAAGUAUAUACUUGCGGGUUCUCCUUUCCUAGAAAAGAUUGUUAUUCAUCCCCACCAGAGUCUAGCAUCCGAUGAACGGUUGAUGUUUUCUAGGAAGUUGUUGAAGCUCCGUCGAGCCUCCACUGUAGCUGAAAUUGAUUUCGACUAGUUUAGUUGUUUUUUUCUUUUAUUUCUGUUGAAGUUGUGUUUGUUAAAUGUUAAUCUAGAAUGAAUUAAGGGGGCCUUUGGUUUCCCACAUGCCCAUCUAAUCACUUGUCUAGACUUGAAACUUCAAAACUGUUGUUUUCAUGUGGCAUCUAGAUUAUUAUCAGUACAUUUUGGCUAUUGCAUGUUUGUUU